AUUGUGUUCUUCACAGUUGGAUUCGUCUUUGGUUGCUCGGAUACUGGCAUUUUAGGGGUGAGGGCUUCACUAGCAAUAUAUUGACUUUCCCCACUAUACUAAUCAAAGAAAUGUGCAUGGUAACCGGAAAAUGUCAUCCUCAAAAUUGCAAGUUAACGAUUUAUUCAUUGAGUCUAAUAUUAUGUGGAAUCUGUUACAUUAACGUAAAUUAAAUAAUCUCAAGAGAGUGUUUCAUUGAGAUUUCUUUCGGUUGAUUACUUGCGCUGAUAAGCGUCCGCCUCUCACUAUCACCCAAACAGAGCUUAUGCUAGUAUGACUUAACCGAGGCUUUGCAUAACAGGCAGCUGGCCUAUAGUGACAGUUCCAAUGGAGUAAACACUUUGCAACACGUCAUCAUAAAAGGCAUAAUAAACGAUAUAAAACUUGCAACGAUCCCGAUAAAGUGAGCUUAUCAGACAUAAAACCAACUAAACUAGAAUGAAUCUUUCGCGUCCGGAAAUUCUUCUUCUCUUUGAUAUCGACGGAACAUUGACAUUUCCUCGUUCAUUGAUUGAACCCGACUUUGAAACGUUUUUAUAUGAAAAGGUGAAACCUCGCGCAACUAUAGGAAUAGUCGGUGGUGCUGAUUUAGAGAAAAUGUUUGAACAGAUGAAUGGGCAACGAAUUUUAAAAGAGUUUGAUUUCAUUUUCCCGGAAAAUGGUUUAGUUCAAAUAGAAAAUGGUGUAGAAGUUGGUAAAGAAUCUAUCCAGAGGCUGCUGGGAGAAGAUACUUUACACAGAUUUAUAAGUUAUGCACUGCGAUAUGUAGCGGACCUUAAACUUCCAUUUAAGCGUGGGACCUUCUUAGAAUUUCGUAACGGAAUGAUGAAUAUAUGCCCUUGUGGGCGACAAUGCGCACGAUCAGAAAGAGCUAUAUUUGCAGCAUACGAUAAAGAACAUAAUAUCCGCGAAAAAAUGAUAGCAGAUUUGAAGAGGGAAUUUCACGAUGUGGAUUUGACUUAUAGUAUCGGAGGCCAGAUCAGUUUUGAUGUGUAUCCGCACGGUUGGGACAAAACUUUCUGUUUGCGACAUGUUACCCAGGACCGAUUUAAUUUUAAGGAAAUUCACUUUUUCGGCGACAAAACGGAAAAAGGUGGUAAUGACUAUGAAAUAUUUAUUGACCCAAGAACUAUAGGUCAUAAAGUGGAAACGCCACACGAUACACGUAGAAUUCUAGAAAAUAUGUUUAAUAUUCAAUAGCUUAAUAGGCUUCGUAGUGGUUUGUAAUUUAAAUAUUGUGUUCAAAAUAAAGAAAUAUAAUUGUUUUA